CCAGAACCGGAGUGGCACUUACUUUAGUAAGGAAAACCACGGGCAGACACAGGCUCGGAAGCACAUACACUAUGCAUAACCACAGAACGUGCCGCUUACAUGAACUCUUCUCUCCUUUUAGGCCCCAGUAUGCACGGCAACUAUUAUCUCGGCUAUAGACAACCUUAUCCCCUCAUUCUCAUCCGAGCAAAGAAUCAUAAAUAAAAUAUAUAAAGGCCUUCAGCUGCCCGUAAAAAUAACUGUCUUGCUCGGCUGUCACUACACACAUCUACAUACACAAUGGCUCCAAUCGCUACAUUCGAUCACAUUAAGGAAGAGCCAGUCUCCGCUGUCGCUCCACAACAACUUCCAAACAGCAUCCCAUUGGGCGAAUACGUCUUCAGACGUAUUUCCCAGUUGGGCGUUAAAUCCAUCUUCGGUGUCCCUGGAGACUUCCAGUUGGGGCUCUUGGAGCAUCUUUACACUGUCGAGGGUUUGAAGUGGGUCGGUAACUGUAACGAGUUGAACUCUGCCUACGCUGCCGAUGGUUAUGCCAGAGCCUCCAAGAACAUGGGUGUCACUGUCACCACCUUUGGUGUCGGUGAGUUGUCCGCCAUCAACGGUAUUGCCGGUGCCUUUGCUGAGUACGUUCCGGUCUUGCACAUCGUCGGGACCUCCCCAACCGGCUUGAAGACACAGAAGGCUUUGCAGAUUCACCACUUGGUUGGUGCCCACUCUGUUUUCCUGCCAACCGACCACUCUGUCUAUGAGAAGAUGGUCUCUGGCAUCUCCUGCAGCUCUGUCGUCGUUGAGAAUGCCAUAGACUUCCCACAGAAGUUGGACACUCUUUUGUCCACCAUCUACCAAACCUCCAGACCGGGCUACUUGUUCUUGCCUAUCGAUCUUGUCAAUGAAGCCGUGGCCUCUCUCAGUUUAGAACACCAGAUCGCCAGAUUAGCUGUUGAUGCUGACCCUGCCAAGACCGACGAGGUUGUGGACAAGAUCGUGGCCAAGAUUACCGCUGCCAAGACCUCCACCGCUAUUUUGGGCGACGUCUUGACCUCCCGCUUCGGAAUGGUUGACACCUUGAGAAAGAUUGUCGACGUUACCAAGUUCAACAACUUCACCUCCAUGAUGGGCAAGAGCGUUUUGGACGAGUCCAACACCAGCUUCAUUGGCGACUACAAUGGUGCCUUAUGCGCCCCAGGUGUCAAGGAAGCCUUGGAAUCCCACGACUUGAUUAUGCAUGUUGGUGCCUUUGCUAACGAAAUCAAUACCGCCAAGUACACUUACGAUAUUGAGCACGAAAAGUUGAUCCAGUUCCACCACGAGUUCGUUUCUGUCUGUGGUGAGAUCUUCAGAGGUGUUCACUUUGCUCACGUUUUACCAAAGCUCUUGGCCAAGUUGGAAACCAUGGAGUUUGUUGCCGAGGACAUUGUCCGUCCGGUUGUUGGAAAGUCCGCGCCAAUUGCUUCUCCAAUGGACAUUUCUCAGUCUUGGUUGAUCGACCAAAUGGCUUCCUUUAUCAAAGAAGACGACAUUGUUGUCUGCGAGACCGGCUCCUUCAUGUUCGGUUUGGCGGAUAUCAGAUUGCCAAAGAACGCUUCCUUGAUCGCCCAGGGCUUCUACUUGUCUAUUGGUUACGCCUUACCAGCCUGUUUGGGUGUCGGCGUGGCUUUGAAGGAUAUGGGCAGUAACGGGCGUUUGAUUUUGAUCGAAGGUGACGGUUCUGCCCAGAUGACUGUCCAAGAGUUUGCCACUUUUGUUAGACAAGACAUCAAGCCAACUGUCUUCCUCUUGAACAACAACGGUUAUACCGUUGAGAGAAUCAUCGAAGGCGCCACCAGAUCUUACAACGACAUUUCCCCAGACUGGAAGUGGACCGAGUUAUUCAAGGUCUUUGGUGACAUUGAAAACAAGACUGAGUGCGUCAAGGUUGACACCAAGAUCCAGUUGACUAAGUUGAUGGCCAACUCUGACAUCCAAAAGUGCGACAAGUUGAGAUUAAUCGAGGUUAUUUUGCACCCAAUGGAUGCUCCAUGGAGGUUUGGAGCCUUGACUGAAGGAAAAUACGGUACCUUCAAGCCGCUUGCUUUGUAGAGCCCCACAAAUUUUAUGCAUACACGGUACGGUUUCAUUUUGCUUUAUUUCUUACAUAUAGGUUCCACAGUUAAUAUACAAAC